AUGGCGGACCCUUUCUUUCUCGCUCCGGCUAAUCAACCGAACUUGGUGUUAGUAACACAGCAACUUACGGAGGAGAACUAUCAUUCUUGGAGCCGUGCCAUGAAGAAAGCCCUAAAUGCGAAACGCAAACUCGGUUUCGUUACUGGAACCGUUCCCCGACCUGAUCCUGCGCUCGAUCCAGAGCAAUUUGAGACUUGGCAAUGUAUCAAUGAUGUGGUAAGUACCUGGAUUUUGAAUUCUGUGUCCAAAGAAAUUGCUUCCUCGCUAGUGUAUGCUGAUUCUGCUGAAGAGCUUUGGAAUGAUCUUACAGAAAGAUUCCAACAUGGAAAUGGCCCUCGAAAUUUUGAAAUAAAAAGGGAAUUGAUGAAUUUACGUCAAGGUGCCCUAACAGUCUCGUAA